AAAUCAUCUUGCUCGACGUCGUCGACAAUGUUGAAGGCGUCGCCCACAACCCGUGUCGCCCGGCCUUUCAGGGCCAAGCUUCGACGGUCGUUCGCUACGGUACAGGAUACACCGGUCAGGCACUACGGCGGUCUCAAAGAUCAGGACCGUAUCUUCCAGAAUGCGUACUGCAGACAUGACCACGGUAUCAAGGGCGCAAUGGCCCGGGGCGACUGGCAUCGGACGAAGGACAUUGUGUUGAAGGGGGACUCCUGGAUUAUCCAGACCAUCAAAGAUUCGGGUCUACGUGGGCGAGGAGGGGCCGGUUUCCCGAGCGGGCUGAAAUGGAGCUUUAUGAACAAGCCGGGCUGGGAGAAGGAUCCCAGACCCCGAUACCUUGUCGUGAACGCCGACGAGGGCGAGCCGGGCACAUGCAAGGACCGCGAGAUUAUGCGCGGCGACCCGCACAAGCUGAUCGAGGGCUGCCUCAUCGCGGGGCGCGCGAUGAACGCCACGGCCGCGUACAUCUACAUCCGCGGCGAGUUCUACCAGGAGGCGUCGCACGUACAGCAGGCCAUCACGGAGGCGUACAAAGCGGGGUAUCUCGGCAAGAACGCGUGCGGGUCCGGCUACGCGUUCGACGUGUACGUGCACCGCGGGGCCGGCGCGUACAUCUGCGGCGAGGAGACGGCGCUUAUCGAGAGUCUCGAAGGCAAGCAGGGCAAGCCGCGCCUGAAGCCGCCGUUCCCCGCCGACGUGGGACUGUUCGGGUGCCCGACGACGGUGUCCAACGUCGAGACGGUCGCGGUCGCGCCCACAAUCUGCAGGCGGGGCGCUAGCUGGUUCGCUGGGUUCGGGCGGAAGCGGAAUGAGGGCACGAAGCUGUUCUGCAUCAGCGGCCACGUCAACAAUCCCUGUGUCAUCGAAGAGGAGAUGAGUAUCCCCCUGAAGGACCUCAUCGAGAAGCACUGCGGCGGUGUCCGCGGCGGGUGGGACAACCUUCUGGGCAUUGUUCCCGGUGGUAGCUCGGUUCCCAUUCUCCCUAAGCACUUGUGCGAGGAGGUCUUGAUGGACUACGACUCGCUAAAGGAUGCCCAAUCUGGUCUCGGUACCGGUGCUGUCAUCGUCAUGGAUAAGAGCACCGACGUUGUUAAGGCUAUCGCGCGUUUCUCACACUUCUACAAGCACGAAUCCUGCGGGCAGUGCACGCCAUGCAGAGAAGGCACCACAUGGCUCAUGAACAUGAUGGACCGCUUCGUUGAGGGCAGAGGCCACCAGCGGGAGAUUGACAUGCUGCUCGAGCUUACAAAACAAAUUGAAGGCCGCACGAUCUGUGCUCUGGGUGACGCUGCUGCAUGGCCCGUCCAAGGUCUCAUGCGUCACUUCCGCCCUGAGGUCGAGAAGCGCAUUGCGGACUUCCGCGCCGAGCACGGCCCUGUACUGUUUGGCGGGCGGCUGAAGAGCCAGACGGACCCUACCCUGGCUAUCCCGGAUAACUUGGGCGGUAACCUGCCUGAGAUUGGGGGCCCUACAGUUCCGAAGUAGCUUCACUUUAGACGGCUGAAUUAGUAGUUGAUGUUGUUCGUAAUACACCUUCGUAAUGUAUCAAUCUUGGUGGGAUGUACACAAGUCCGUUGCACUUUGUUCCGAGACGGCAUCUACUGGUAUCUAAAACAGCCUACAUUCUCCUCAUUGCCUUGGCGUCCUACCUUCAGUUCCCAAGUCCGGGUUGUCCAGAAGCAGCUCUACCUUGAACUCUCGAGAGGUUGAACGCGGCUGAGAUGAGGGUUACAUGGGUGAAGCCUUGCACAGCGUUCCCGAGGGCCUCUCCAGAAGCCGAGAUCUCCUCGGUGCACAGCCCAACGUGGUUUGUGUAUUGAAUGAAGUCCUCGAACAUCGCUACAGCUCGCGCCAACAUCGACUUGUCAUACUCUCCGGCACGCGUCAGGGCUUCGACGCACCAGAGAGUACACAAGCAGAAAGUUCCCUCUUCGCCGCCGACACCGUCGUCGGUCUUAGUGACAUCGUACCGGUAUACCAGAUUGUUCGAGGUCAAGCCACCGCGUUCCGGUGUCUUUAAAAUCUGCUUCAAAGUGCUCACGAACCGCGGGUCGCUAGCAGGGGAGAAAAACACAAGGGGCAUGAUGAGCACCGCCGAGUCGAGCACGUCCUUGUCUUCGUAGCUCUGUGCGAAGAACUUCUUCUCUGAGUUCCACGCAUGUUUCAUGAUCUGCUCGUAGAGAUCGUCCCGCGCCGUCAGCCACUUCAGCCGGUUCGGGCACGGGAGCGAGCGUUUGUCGGCCAGUCGCAAGCCUCUGUCAAUUGCGACCCACAUCAUGAUCUUGGAAUACGUGAAGUGCCGCAUCCUGUUCCUCACUUCCCAGAUAGACAGGUCAGGGCGGUUGUAGUUGGCUACCACAUAAUCUACUAGCUCUCGCACUCCGACCCAUGUAUCAUAGGACAGCGGCCGCCCGAACUUCUGACUCAGGUACACCGAGUCCAUGAGUUCACCGUAGAUAUCCAGUUGCACAUGGUCGAUUGCGCCGUUCCCGAUCCGCACAGGUCUCGACCCCUUAUGCCCGUCGAGGUGCGUCAGCUCCUCCUCGGGGAACUCCUUCCCGCCGUGGAUGGUGUACAUGAUCUGCAGGCUGCCGUCGGGGUUCUUGUCCUGAAUCCUAUCGAAUAUGAAGUCCAUGUACGCGUUCGCCUCCUGCGUGAACCCGAGCCGCAUCAGCGCAUACAGUAUGAACGACGCGUCGCGUAUCCACGACGCCCGGUAAUCCCAGUUGCGCGUCCCGCCGAUGUACUCCGGCAGGCUGAACGUCGGGCUCGCGACGACCGCGCCGGUCGGCUCGAAGAUGAGGAGCUUGAGCGCGAGCGCGGAGCGGUGCACGGCCUCCUUCCACGCGCCGGUGUAGGUGCUCCCGCGGAUCCAGGUGUUCCAGUAGGUGUUGGUUUCAUUUAGGAGCCUUUGGACAAGGGUCUUCGUCAGGAGCGGGUCGUCAGGCGCCCUCAAGCGGGACGCAGACUCGAUCAGACUCGGCAAGCUGACCCCCAGCUCCUCCGCCCUCUGCACGCUCGGCGCCGGCACCUUCGCGCCCUCCUUCGGCGGCACGCGCAGCACGAACGUCACCG